GGCGGAGGAGGUGGGGGAAGUCCCCGGCUCCGGCAUGAGGCCGGGCUGAGCGAUGUGCGAGCAGGCAGCGCGCUCCUGCCGGGCCGGCGUGCAGAGGCUGCUGCGCAAGCCGCCGCCGGCGCUCCGCGGGCUGGACGGGCUCCUGCGCUGGGUGGUGGCCAGGAUGAGCGACAAGGGCGUCGCCGAGCGGGAGCUGCUCACCCCGGGCACCGCCACGGCGCAGAGGAAGGGCACCUCCGUCAUCCUCGAUAUUUUCAGAAGAGCUGACAAAAAUGAUGAUGGAAAGCUGUCUCUGGAGGAAUUCCAGGCCUUUUUUUCUGAUGGAACACUCAAUGAAGAAGAACUUGAGAAGCUUUUUCAUACCAUUGACUCAGACAACACCAACAAUGUGGACACGAAGGAGCUGUGCGACUAUUUUGCUGACCAUAUGGGAGACUAUGAAGAUGUCUUGGCCUCACUGGAGACGCUGAACCUCUCCAUCCUGAAGGCGAUGGACUACACCAAACGGGUGUACGAGAGCGGCAGCAACGUGGACCAGUUUGUGACCCGCUUCCUGCUGAAGGAGACGGCAAACCAGACCCAGUCGCUGCUGAGCUCGGUGGAGAGUGCUGUGGAUGCCAUCGACGAGCAAACCAACCCCGGCAGGCACUACCCCAGCAAGGCUGGUCAUGGCCUGAUGGACAGCUGGUAUGACAGCCCUGUGCCCAGCUACUCGCCCACCAGCCGAGUGGUCCCCAGGGAGCACGGCAAGAGCUUCUCGACUGGUUCCCCUGACACCAAGGCAGAGGGUUUGGAGGGCCAGAUCAACAGACUGGCUGAGCUGAUUGGCAGGCUGGAGGACAAGACUCUCUGGUUUGACCUGCAGCAGCGGCUGUCGGACAGCGAGAGCACAGCUUGCACGUACCUCCUCCUGGUGCGGAACGAGAUGACAGUGUCGCACAAGCACCUGGGCGAGUUCUGCAGCUCCCUGAAGCAGUACCUGAAGAGCGUGGCCGGGGAGCGGGACUGCUUCCAUGUCACUGCGGUGAAGCUGCCUGAUGGGGUAACCUUCAUCGUCUAUGAGUUCUGGGAGACCGAGGAGGACUGGAAGAGGCACCUGCAGAGUGCCACCUGCAAGGGCUUCCAGCACGUCAAGGUGGACACGCUGAGCCAGCCCGAGGCCGUAUCCAGCGUGGCUGUGCCAGCUGCGUGGUGCACCCUGAGCCGAGAGUGACCACUGGUGCUGGGGGUCCUGCCAGCGCUCACCCUGCUGCAGGGUGGCUGUGACCCCCUCCAUGGACGUGGAUGGGAGGUGUUGGUGUGACCUGUCUGCAGUGAAAGAAACCCCCGUGUGUGUCCCCAGCACCCAACAGGUGUCCCCCCAGCUAUCCUGUCACCUGGGUCACCUCUCCCUGGAGCAGGGUGGUCUCUGGGGGUGUCCCCCUGGAGCCUGCCAAGGAGGGGCUGGCAGGGUUGGGGGGGCAUCCCCCACACAUGGGCAGUGGGGAAGGCAGGGUGCCGGCAGCCAGGUGACGGGAAGAGGGCAAGGUGGGGGUAGGAGGUAAUGAGGGGCAGGGGUAGGAGUGUGAGGCUGCAGCCCCCCUGUAGGGGGUAAGUUAGGGGUCCCUGCUGGUCCCCAGAGCCACCCAGGGAGUGGGCCAGGGGGAUUAGUCUGUACCCAGUGCAGUGUGUGUGUGUGUCUGCAGGGAUGGGGACCCUUGUCCCUGGGGGAGAGCCAGGGUGGUGGUGGGGGUGUUCCUGCUCUCGGGAUGCCCCUUAGUCCUGGGGGGGUGUGGGUGGUCCUGAGGUUUCCUUUGCGUGUGUGCAGUGGCAGUGGGUGCCUUGCAGAUGUGGGGCUGGCUGCCCUCCCCUUUCCCAGGGUCUGUAUGUCUGUCUGUAUGUGUAUCUGUUUGUGCGUGUGCAGCGCUCGCUGCCCAUCCUGCCCUCCACCCCACCAUCCCUUGGGGUACGCCGUGUGGGGUCCUCCCCAAUAUCCUGUUCUGUAUUUAUUAGCUGCUGUACAACAGGAACAGUGAUGCCAAAUAAAACCGUGAUGGGA